AUGGCCUCUCGCGUUCCCGUUGGUGACUCCGCCGCCGCCCAGCAGACUGGCGCUUUCCACGGCCCCUCGUAUGGCCUCGACGCCGAGCUGAAGGACAAGAUGGACUCCAAGUACGACGUGGCUCAGGAGCAGAGCAUCAGGGAGUGGAUGGCCAGCAAGGGCGUGCCCGUCGAGGGUGACUUCCACGCUGCGCUCAAGAACGGCAUCAAGCUCUGCGAGCUGGCCAACGCGCUCCACGCCGGCUCGGUGGCGAGGAUUCAGAAGGCCGCGGCGCCCUUCGUGCAGAUGGAGAACAUCGCCAACUUCCUCAAGGCCGCCGAGCACCUGGGCGUCCGCAAGAACGAGCUCUUCCAGACCGUCGAUCUCUUCGAAGCCAAGAACAUGUCGGCCGUGCUCGUCACCCUGGGCGCGCUCAAGAGGUCCAAGCCCUAA